GCAGCCAUUGCCACAAUGCUGUGCGAGGGCGUAGUUCUGCCACACAGCCUGGGCGUAGGCGGUGGCUUCAUUGCCACCAUUUACACCAAGGAAACAGGCAACAUGGAGGCGCUGAUUGCGCGAGAAACGGCGCCAGCUGCAGCCACUGAAGACAUGUUCGUUGGCCAGGAGAAUAUCGCUGGUGCACUUUCAAGUGGUGUGCCCAGCGAGAUCUAUGGCUACUGGAAACUGCACAAGAAAUACGGCAGGCUGCCCUGGGAGCGACUUUUUGAGCCGACUAUCGAGAUGUGCCGACGUGGAAUUUUAGUCUCGCGCUAUUUGGCUGGUGUUUUGGCCAACCACGAGGAGCAUAUACGCAAUGAGAUCUCUAUGUCGGAGAUCUUUAUCAAUCCAGAAACCAAUAACCCAUACAAGGAGGGCGAGAUUAUGUAUCGACGCACACUAGCUAAUACCCUGGAAAUUGUUGCCAUCGAAGGGCCGGAAGUCAUUUAUGGUGGCGGUCGCAUUGGUCGUAUGCUCACUGAGGAUAUAAGGGCUAUGGGCGGCAUUAUUACCGAACAGGAUCUAAUGGAUUACGAUGUACGCUGGGAGAAGCCUUUACGCGCACGCUUCGACAAUGGCCAUGAGCUAUUUACGUCGCCAUUGCCCAGCAGCGGUGCGGUAUUGACUUUCAUCUUGAACGUCAUGGAACCGAUGUAUGUGAGCAGCAGAGACAAGUAUUGGCAUCGGUUAAUUGAGACGUUUAAGCAUGCUUAUGGUCAUCGUACGAAUUUGGGUGACAUACACUUUGAGCCCUCGGUGCGGGAGAUCUAUGAAGACCUAAUCGAUCCGAAAUUUGCGGCCGAGAUUCGCAAGCUCAUCUUGGACGAUCGAACGUUCGAAGAUAUGUCCUACUAUGGGGCCAACUUCAGCAAUGUGGAAGAUCAUGGCACUGCGCACAUCUCGGUGCUGGCACCCAAUGGCGAUGCCAUCUCGGUGACCAGCACGAUCAAUGGGCACUUGGGUGCAAAGGUACGGUCCCGACAAACGGGCAUCAUACUAAACGAUGAGAUGGAUGACUUCUCGACGCCGGGCUACGUGAAUGCAUUCAAUAUACCCGCCAGUCCGGCCAAUUACAUAAAGCCCGGCAAACGUCCAAUGUCCUCCACUUGCCCCAGCAUCGUACUCGACGAUGCCGGCAAUGUGGCUCUGGUGGUGGGCGGUGCCGGUGGCUCAAAAAUAACCACCUCAGUGGCACAAGCGAUACUCCACUAUUUUGUGCUGCGCGAACCUCUCCAGGAGGCGGUCAAUGGUGGCCGAUUGCAUCACCAGUUAGCGCCCAUGGUGAUCGACUCGGAGCCGGAGGUGCCCAAUCAUACUAUCAAUUAUUUGCUCAAUCUCGGUCACAAAGUCCACUUUCUCGCCAAGAAUAAAGCCUAUUCCGCUUUGACGGCCAUCGGAUAUAUGGAUGCGGAGCCAGAACCCGUGUGCGAUCACCGACGCAUUGGCAGUGCCGUUGUCGUUGAGCUCUCCAAUGCUAACUGAACCGAGAUCUCAACAUAAAGCAGACACACACACAUACACACACACACAUAUACACACCCAUAUACACACUCAUAUAC